GCAGAGCACAGCAGAGGGGAGGAGGUGGAGCAGUGAGGAGAGUGGAACGAGGAUCGAGAAUUUGAGAGGGAGGGGAGACGUUGUACUCUGCUCGGCCCGCCCGCGUCUCCACACUCCCCUCUCACCCCCCCACCUCUCUCCAUCUCGCCUCGUCUCAUUCAACCCAACCCCCACCUCUCCCCUCCGCUCUCCCCAUCCUCGCCCUCUCGCCUCGCUUCAUUCACCGCCACCACCGCCGCCGCCGCCUCCCACUCAGAGCGACUCCACAUGGCGCACACGCGCAGCACCGCGCCGCGCCUCCCGAUCUCGCUCCGCCGACGGUGGCGGCUCCACCACCAUCAUCACCAUCAGCAUCAGAGUACGGCGGCGAUGAUGGCGAUGACGACCGCGGCGGCGAUGCUGCUGCUGUUCUGCCAGGGCGUCCUCUCGGCCAUGGACGAAUGCUACGACGACGAGGGACGGCCGCAGCGGUGCCUGCCCGAGUUCGUGAACGCGGCCUUCAACGUGACGGUGGAGGCGACCAACACGUGCGGAUCGCCCGCCGAGGAGUACUGCGUGCAGACCGGGGUGACGGGCGUCACAAAGUCGUGCCACGUGUGCGACGCGAGCGACGCGCGCCUCCACCACAACGCCACCUUCCUCACGGACUUCAACAACCAGGACGACACGACGUGGUGGCAGAGCCCCACCAUGCUUCGCGGGGUGCAGUACCCCAAGGCCAUAAACCUCACCCUGCGCCUGGGCAAGGCGUUCGACAUCACGUACGUUCGCCUCAAGUUCCACACGAGCCGGCCCGAGAGCUUCGCCAUCUACAAGCGCGCGUCGAUGGAUGGCCCGUGGACGCCGUACCAGUACUACAGCGGCUCCUGCGAGCCCACCUACGGCAAGCGCAACCGCGGCUUCCUGCGCUCGGGAGACGACGAGCAGACGCCGCUGUGCACCGACGAGUUCAGCGACAUCUCGCCGCUCACGGGAGGGAACGUCGCCUUCUCCACGCUGGAGGGGCGGCCCAGCGCCUACAACUUCGACAACAGCCCCGUGCUGCAGGACUGGGUGACGUCCACGGAAAUCCGCGUGACCCUCAACCGCCUCAACACGUUCGGGGACGAGGUGUUCAACGACCACAAGGUGCUGCGAUCCUACUACUACGCCAUCUCCGACUUCGCUGUCGGCGGCAGGUGCAAAUGCAACGGGCACGCCAGCGAGUGCGUGAAGAACGAGCUGGGCGCGCUGGCCUGCAAGUGCCGGCACAACACGAUGGGCGCCGACUGUGAGAAGUGCCUGCCGCUCUACAACGACCGGCCGUGGCACCGCGCCACCUCAGAGAGCGCUAACGAGUGCACGCUGUGCGACUGUAAUGGCCGCGCGGACGAGUGCUACUUCGACCCCGAGCUGUACCGCGCCACGGGCCACGGCGGACACUGCACCAACUGCAGGGACAACACGGACGGAAAGACCUGCGAGCGGUGCCUCGAGAACUUCUACCGGAGGAGCGCCAGCGAGCACUGCCUCCCCUGCAACUGCAACCCCGUGGGCUCGUACAGCCGGCAGUGCGACGAGCAGGGCCGCUGCAGCUGCAAGCAAGGCGUGAUGGGCGAGCGGUGCGACCAGUGCUUGCCGGGCUUCCACUCCAUGGACGAGGCCGGAUGCAGGCCAUGCACGUGCAACCCGGCGGGCACCCUGGAGGACUGCCAGCCCGACACCGGGCGCUGUGUGUGCAAGGACAACGUGGAGGGCUACAACUGCGACAGCUGCAAGCCUGGCUUCUUUAACCUCAACGCGCUGAACCGCAAGGGCUGCACGGCGUGCUUCUGCUACGGGCACUCGUCAGUGUGCUCCAGCGCCCAGGAUCACGCCGUCCACACCAUCUCCUCCGACUUCCGCGCCGGUCAGGACGGGUGGCUUGCGGAGGAGCGCGACGGCAACGCCUUCCAGCUGACGUGGAACUCCGCCACGGGAGAGCUCUCCGUCUCCUCGGAGGAUUUCUAUCCCAUCUACUUCCUGGCUGCCGACAAAUUCCUGGGGAACCAGCUCCUGAGCUACGGCCAGAACCUGACGUUCAAGUUCCGCGUGGACAACCGUGACGUGCGCCUCUCGGCCGAGGACCUAGUGCUCGAGGGUGCGGAGCUGCGCGUGUCGGUUCCACUCAUCGCGCAGGGGAACUCCUACCCCACCGAGGAAGUCCAGACCUACCACUUCCUGCUGCACGAGGUUGCCGAGUACCCAUGGCGUCCACAGCUGACCACCACCGAGUUCCAGCGCCUCCUGUCUAAUCUCACGUCCAUCAAAAUUCGCGGCACCUACAACGCCCAGAACGCGGGCCACCUGCAGGGCAUUUCGCUGACGAGCGCACGGCGGGGGCCUGGGAACCCUGCACCGUGGGUGGAGCGCUGCUCUUGCCCGCCUGCGUACCAGGGCCAGUUCUGCGAGUCGUGCGCACCCGGUUUCACCCGGGAGGAGCCCAGCAGGGGGCCCUUCAGCAGCUGCGUGCCGUGUGCCUGCCACGGCCACAGUGCCACCUGCCACCCGGAGACCGGCGAGUGCCGCUGCGAGCACAACACGGCGGGCCGCAGCUGCGAGCGGUGCCGGGACGGCUUCUACGGCGACGCCACGCAGGGCAGCGGCGACGACUGUGCCGUCUGCCCCUGCCCCUCGGGCAGCUCCUGCGCCAUCGAGCCGCGCGCGGGCGAGGUGGUGUGCACCAGCUGCCCUGAGGGCACCACCGGCAAGCGCUGUGAGCUGUGCGACGACGGCUAUUUCGGCGACCCCACGGGCCAGGAGGGGCCCUCGCGGCCGUGCCGCAAGUGCGAGUGCACGGAGAACAUCGACCCCAACGCGGUGGGGAACUGCGACCGGCGCACCGGCGAGUGCCUCAAGUGCAUCUACAACACGGGCGGCUUCUACUGCGACCGCUGCCUCGACGGAUUCUACGGCGACGCCCGCUCGCCGCUGCCCGACAAGUGCAAGCCCUGCGCUUGCUUCCGUCUCGGCACGGUGAAGGGGCAGGCCACGUGCAACCCUGUGACGGGGCAGUGUGACUGCCUGCCCCACGUGGCCGAGCGAGACUGCCGGCAGUGCGAGGCUGGCUUCUACGACAUCGCCAGCGGCACCGGCUGCAAGCGGUGCGAGUGCCACCCCGUGGGCUCCCAGACGGGGCAGUGCGACAUCACGACGGGGCAGUGUGAUUGCCGGCCCGGCGUGGAGGGCCGCGCCUGCGAAGUCUGCGCCCCCAACCACUUCGGCUUCUCCGUCAAGGGCUGCUCACCGUGCGACUGCGACUUUGCCGGAGCCAAGGGCAUGCAGUGCGACGAGGGCGGCCACUGCCCGUGCAGGGACGGCGCGGUCGGGGUGCGGUGCGACCAGUGCGGGGAGAACUUCUACCGCAACCGCACCAACCCGGGCUGCCAGCAGUGCCCGCCAUGCUACUCGCUUGUGGAGAGCAAGGUGAACUCUCACCGCGAGAAGCUGCGGGAGCUGGAGCGCUACCUGGAGGGAAUCGGCAGCGACCCCGGGGCCAUCAACGACCGCGACUUUGAGCAGCGGCUGCAGUCAGUGGCCGACGCCGUCGCGCAGCUGCUGUGGGAGGUGCAGUCCGUGCAGGACGCCGACUACAGCCUUCUGGACCGGCUCGCCGACAUCAACGCGACGCUGACGCGGGAGAUGACGCGGCUGCGGCGCGUGCGGGAGGGCGUGGACGACACCACCUCCGCCCUGGGCCGCUCCCGCGCCGCCGCCGACGACGUGGACGCCCUCGCCGCCGACGCCCGGCAGCAGCUGGAGCGGGCGCGCAAGGCCCUGAGCACCGUGACGAUUGAUCCCAGAAACGUUUCGGACCCAAACAACCUGACGGGGUUGGUGGAUGAAGCCAGGAAACUUGCCGAUGAACACAAAAACGGCGCCUCCGAGAUUGAGGGCACGGCCAACAUGGCCCUCAACUCCUCCCAGACGGCGCUGGACCUACUUUCUCGCAUCCUGGUGGAUGAGAACGAGCUGGGUGAGAAGGCCUUCAACCUCACCACCAAGCUGAGGGAGGCCAAGAACUUGACGUCGCAGCUCGAGAAAUACGCGAACCAAGUGCAGAGCAACGCAACGGACGUCGGCGACGUCGCCCUCGACCUGUACACGCAGGCCAAGGCGGCCUUGCCGCAAGUCAACAUCUCUGCGCUGGAGCAAGAGCACAAGCGCGUGGGCGAGAUCCUGCGAGCGGUCACGUCCCACGGCAACGCCACCAUCGAGAUGGCCGACAUGUGCAUCGAGCGCUCGGAGGUGCACCACAAUCAAGCGCGCAGGCUCCUCGACUCGGCCCGCACCUACGGCCAGACGGCCGACCAGCUGCUGGCACGCGCCGACGCCGCGUACGCCACGGCCAACGAGGCGGCCACCGCCGGGAAUCGAACCCUCGCCGAGGCCAAGGAGAUCCUCGAUUACAUCAAAGAUUUCGACCGCCGCGUGGCCGACAACAAGACGGCGGCGGAGGAGGCCAUCAAGAAGAUCCCGAAGAUCGAGGCCAAGGUGGCAGCCGCGCGGAACAAGACGCAGGCGACGACGGCGGCGCUCGGCUCGGCGGAGCGCGACGCGAAGCAGGCGCGCCGCAUCGCGCAGGACGCCGAGAAGAUAGCCAACCAGACCCAGGCGGAUUCGGCGGCGGUGAAGGAGGAGGCCGGCCGCCUCUUCAGCGAGUCGAUGGCCCUGAACGACAACAUGGCCAAGAUGCAGGAAGAGCUGUUAGCCGGCGAGGAGAUGCUCGCCGCGAAGCAGGCGGACGCAAUGCGAGACAUGGACAUGGCUACAAACGUCACAAUACAAGCGCAGAGCGCGGAGGACAAAGCUCGCAAAGCGCGCAACACCGUGCGGGAGACGCUCAAACGCAUCAAACAGCUCCUGGAGCAGCUCGACACCCUGCAAGACAUCGACGGAGAGAAGCUGGCGGAGCUGGAGAAAGAGCUGAAGGCCAACCAGGACCGCAUGGCGAAUGAGGAGCUCGCCGACAAGAUCAAGCAGCUGGAGGAUGCGGGCGCGCAGCAGGAUCGCGCCCUGCAGAACUACGAGCGAGACAUCGGCACCAUCCUGGCCGACAUCAAAAACCUGGAGGACAUCCGGGACGCCCUGCCGCAGGGAUGCUUCAACGCUGCCAGUAUUGAGAACCCGUAAACCUCCACUCUCUCGAGCAGGACAGGAAGGUGGCAGUGUGUGCUGCCGGGAAAAUCGGGGUUUGCGGGGAGGGGGCGCCCUUUUUUUUUGUUUAUUUUAACAAUAAAUCACUACGGUAAUAAUGGUCCCCAUCCACACCUUGGCGUCCCAUUAACUGCCCUCUAUGCCCUUGCCCCAACCCUCCACCCCCGUCCCACAUAUGUAAGUGAUCUCCCGUGUUUAUUGUUACGUCCAUUAUCUGCGAAGGGCUGCUUAUCCGAAUAACUUUUAUAAUAUACUUGCCAGCCGCAGAAUUGGUGCUCAACAGAAUAAUAAUAAUAAAGCAAUGCUAUGUCGGAUUCCCCUGAGCGUCUGCUUGAGGAAUGUUGUGUGUAGCACUGUGGCCAGCAUAGCAACGUCUGCCGGCCACAUUUUUUUAGACUGUACUUUGUUUUAAAGUUAUUGCUGCCAAGGUCUUCGUAAAAAAAAAUGUUUUAAAAGGUUAUAUUCCACUGUGGUGAAUGAUGACAGUGGGGUGUAGCGUGCGCAUCCUCCUGCUGUUUCAAAACGACAGCGGGGCCGCUGACUAAAAGGGCUAGUCUCGCGAUGCCCAAUUUUACUAAAACAGCCGCUCGGCCAUCUCCACCUUUAAUUGUUUUUCUGACCGUACACAUUUAUUUAUUCUUUAAAAAAUGAUGGGAAGUAAAAAAACGAAUUGCGCGCGUCGUUUUUUUUUUUAGGUGAAGUCGAAUGAAAAUUGUAGAGCGGCAGGCAGGCAAAGAAACAAUGCCUCGCAUGCAUACCAGGUAGACAUCCCCAGGGCGCUGUGUUCACAGUGCCACGGGAGGCUCCUCCGUAGGCUCUGUGAUUGCUCUUCUUGCCAGGUCCGUGGGGCGACCACAUUAAUACCACACCCGUGGGAGCCGAGAUGGAAACCCGGUGGGUUUUAUUUAGCCAAUUUAUAUUUUCAGAUUUAAGUUCCCCCCCCCCCCCCGUUUUACUUGAGGUGGUCGAUGGAUGAGAAUCAGUGCAUCUAGGUUUUUGCUUCCGAGUGUAUGUUUUGAGUCGAGGCAUUAUUGUACCGUUACCAAAAUUCGAAGCAAAAUCACUCAGGCUUUUGAACGUGGAUUACAAUAGACAGUCCUGUGAAUUUAGAGGAGGAUCUUUCGAUGGGACCUCUGCAAUUUAAAGCGGAGUUUUUGAUCGGUUAUUUGAUGAAAGAGAGCUACGUUUGCCGUUAAAUGUAACGGCGUUUUUCGGAGCAACGCUUUGGUGUCUUUUGCAGAAGAAUGACAAUCUCAGUAGCAGUAGAUAAGGCCCAACAACAACUCUGUACCUAAACUAGUUUGUAACUGGUCUUUCACACGGAGUUCCCCCCCCUCCCCCCCCCACAAUCUUUUGCCAUUUUUCAAGUUAUUUAAAUUUUUAAAUGAUUAUAUAAGGGAAAAACUGUACAUGUUUGCCCCUGAAGGAAAAAGAAAUUAAAUGUUAUAGAAAAUGGCUUUUUUUACACAACAGUUUUUUUUUAAGUAAACAUGUUCAAAACAUUCCCUGUAUGUGCUCAUGGGACACAGGAGAAACAAGGUCCGAUUGUGGCUUAAUUUGUGCACGUGUGUGCGUUCAAAUAGGGACGCCGACAGCUGACAAACUGGCAAGAUGGGGUGGGUUUUUUUUAUUGUGACCCAGAGUUGCAAAAGCAGCAGCUCCCAAUAGGGCCCCCAUACGUGUAAUAAAAUACAUCUUGGUGUUAACAUACACACUAAUUUCCCUCGAUUGAAAUGUCAAUUCCUACAUAUUUAUGCACAAUGCAGAUUUUUUUCACAUUUCCACUUUCAUUGUGCCUUAGAGAAAAAAAAAACGAGUGCCUUUUUUGUAAAAAAAAAAUGUAAGCAUUUUUCACCGUCAUUUUAGCGUUACUUAGGUCGGCAGCAAACAGUCAAGAGUAUUAUCGCAUACUAUAAAUGUACUUCACUAUUUCAGUGUAACUUACAAUGUGUUCAGUAUUUAUCUGUGUAUCUUUUUGUACACUUGUUCAUUCAUAAAAUAAAAGCCAUCGAGAAAAGCUGAAAAAAAAUCAGGCCUGUGAAGGGAAUAUUUUUUUGUAGAUUGUUACGCACUUUUGAGAUGUUCACAAAUCUUGCUGUGUAACAACGAGGCAGAUUGUUUGAGUAAACAAAAAAGUGGAAAGUUUAGUUUCAUAAUUACUGUUUUACUUUUUAUCUUGUAUUUUUUUCAUCCCAUUUUUCAAGCAGAACUAAGUUUUUGCUUAUUAACAAAGGCUGUUACAGUCUGACACACACACACACAGAUGUUGCGUAACGAAAAUUGGUGUGCCUCUCCUUUUGGCAGGCAUCUGCUUCACCCAACACCUCUUUUCAGAUACGACACAGAUGCCGGAUUAUUGUCACUGCGGGUUUGUUGUUGCACCCGUUACAACGUGUAGCGUUUAAUAACAAUCCAAAACGGUGGCGGCAGCAUGAGGUGGGGGGGGGGGCCUGUGUGUCGCAGCGUUGACUUUCAUCGGGGCACAUCUGAGCGGCACGCAGGGACUUCCCCACGGGCAGGAACUUGGCGUGCUCUUUUGGUGCCUUCUUUGAACGGCAUCCGAGCCAUCGCUCGAGCGCUCCGAUGCGCCUUCGGGUCGUCGCGCGUGUCGUCGAGCGCGUUGUCCGGCGUUUCGCUCGCACCCUAAUAUCGGGAGCUUCUGUCCCGAAAGACGUUUCGCUCCGUGCGCGCUGGGAGCCCAUGAGCCCGCCGCUCGAUUCGGCCUCUCGAGACGCGCGCGCUCUCCCCAGCAACCGCGGUGCGAAACGUCCGCCGGGCAUCGUGCCGAGCGACGCCGUGGCGCGACCCGAGGGAAAACGCGCACCGGAAGAGCCGCGCUCUCCUUCUUGCGAGCCCGAAUUCGUCUGUCUGCCGAGGGCAAGCGCGGCGUCGCGGUUCGUGCGCGUGCCCGUGCUUCGACGCUGGCGUUGUGGCCUUGGCGAGUCGGCUCACAGUCCGCCGGCGCCAGCAAGAGGCUCGCGUUUUCCCCGCCGCAGAGGCGCCGUUCAAUUAUCCCUGCAAACAUUGCCCCAGCCGAUGUGCUACCUUUUUUUUAAAAUCGAUUAGAAAUAUUACUAUGCAGGUAAAGGAAGGGUUUCGUUUAUCGAGUCUUAUAUAUAUAAAUAUAUGUGAAAAAUGUGUUAGAAAAAACCUAAAAAAAUCAUUAGUGUGCUUUCCACAUGUCAAAGGUUUGUUGUAAACAUCACGUUGGACGGUCUCGUUCUGUGACAGAUUUGCUAUUGGACGUUUUGUACAAACCCUGCCGCAUACCUGGCCGCUUCAGUGACUCUAGUGCGCCAAUUGAUAUCAUUUAUUAACCAGUGAGCCUGUAAACCUUUGUAAAUUGCCUAGCAGACCAAACUGAUAUUCUGGUGCUAAUUUCGUAUGAUACAAAUAAAUGCUAUAUUUUGUUAUGUUUAUCCGUAAUUAUUGUUGCAUUUCAUUAAAUAAAAAAAGUAGUGUAGUUUGCCGUGUAAAUAUUAUGUUCGGAUGAUCCCUGUGUAAUCUUACCGUUGUUGAUUUAUUAAUUAAAAGCAAAUAUUCCCUCGUCUUUAUUUGCGGGGCUUGGGGGGGGGGGCGGUACAUUUUAUUUUGUGGUGGUAAAAGUUUACAUAAUGGAACACCCUUCACAUGUAACCUAAGCCUCCAAUUUUAAAGUGACACUGUAUAGCAAUUGGCCAUCCACCGCCUUAAAACGCAAUACAAAGUACAACCAUGCAGUGACGCGCACACAUUACGGGGUCGCGCGACCAGUGAGUGUUCUCGUGUGGAACUAUCGCCGAGUGAGUGUGCCUAUAAUCAUUAUAUAAACGUAAUACUGCACUCCCCAGCCCUACGGCAGUCCAAUGCCUCCCUAUGCUGUGUUGGUGGUCAUGGAGCUUAUUUGACCAUACUUCACCACGCUGGUCUGUGCGGGUUGGUGAAGGUGGGGGUGGCGAUGCGGGGGAGGGUAACCAGAACUGGAUCGGAUCUCGAUCGACAUUCGUGUUUAGCCGUGGGUCGGGAAGCGAACGCAAGGCGCAGGUUUCGUGUCGACCACUGCGCCACCGCUCCAUCCCCUUGAAACGCAUCUCCACAUCUCUCCGUUUAAGUCAACGGUGUGACUCUGUGACCAAGUAACACGCCUAGUGCUUUGCGAGGUCCUUCUGGUUAUUAUGCGGUGUUGGUUAGAACAUAUGGCCCACCUAUUUGUAUCUAACUGCGCAGAGGCAUCGAAUAUAUUGCGUCAUUAUAGUGGCAUGUGAUUGCGCGCUCUAUUAUCAGAGGCUUGGUUUAGUGAUAUACGUAGUUUCUGCCUUUAUAUGUCUUAUGGGGCGGGGGGGGGGGACACACACAAUGUGUACAUUGCACAUUAACAGACCUGUCGGUAUGGUUUCAGCAGAAUAAUCCUGCACUGUUUCGCCCCAACGCUUCAAUGGAAACGUGAUCGUUUUAAAACUCGAGAUUAGGGCUUGAAAACAGCGAGUGCAAUGUACACCAUAACACUGUUUUGACUGCAUCCAAAAAAACAUUAGGCUGAGGCAAGGCAUUGAUUGGGUUUUCUACUAUUUGGAGUUGUCCUCGACUAUCAGCGGACAACUCGCACGUGGGUCAUUGAGACCUAAUGCACUGCCAUGAAUAAAUAAAGAGCAGCGCAAAGGAACUUGCGCUGGGGAUUCCUUGCAGCCAAAGCAUCUUGAACAAUGAGAUGGCGUUUCCUAACGUGACUCCCUGACUGGGUGGCUUACAGCAGUGUUCUCGCGUCUGUGCGUCUCAUGCAGCGGUUCCUAGAGUAUUCACGUAUUCUCUCUGCUAACACGUCACCUCAUCACAAUCGCAUCAUUAUAUUUUUUGUUCGUAUACAUCAGUGAUUUGUAUUUUCGGUAAUUUGAACGUGUGGCAAUAUCCAACAGCUGCGGCACACAAUAAUUUUGUUGACUGGAAUAUACAGUACUUGAUUUGCAGUUAAUUACUCUAAUAAUGUAAUACUUUGGUUUUACGUAGCAUUUAAACGCAAUCACGUGUCAAGACGCCGGUGAAAACAAAAUUGUAUUGCAGUAACUUUACAUGGCUUCAAAUUAUAAGAGCCUUUGGUUUCUGGAACGAGCGACAGGUUUGAAAUAACACAUUUAGGGUGAUGACAGGGAGCGGAUGAGGCCGUGUCUAAUACGACAUCUCCGUUUGCGGUCACAAGGCCGCACAUGAAACCCCCUCUGCUCUGGACAAAACCGAAAAUAGAUAAUCCACCCUUAUCAGAUGACUCUCCCAACCCUGACUGGCGUUUGAGAUAACCAAAUUCCCACGCAGAGCCGUUUUUUUUUUAGCAAUGUCCAUCGUUCCGCGUGGUGGCGAAUGCGUUUUGUUUCCAACGGAUGGCGGUGUAUAUCUGGAAAACACGAGCAAACCGUGCCCCCACUGGCUUUAUACCCUAGUUUGUUGACUUACAGGGAUGUGAAUGUGUCUAAAUAAAUGUUUUAAGCGAAGGUGGAUUCAUUACAGAGUUGUGAUUAUUUGCCAGGCGUAAGCAGUGGGGGGGGGGGGGGGGGGGGGGGGGGGGGUGGGGGGAGGUGAGAUUGUGAUACCCAACCAACUUGCGCAGUGUUAGGCCCUGCGUCGAGUCGCCUGCUGCCCUGUCUUGUGUUUUGUAUUUGUGACCCGAUCUUGAAAACACACUCCCGCUAUUCUCCCAAUGUUUCUCUUUUCUCGUACGCUACACGUUAUUCUUGCAAAUACCUCAAUGUAGCUUUUUAAAAUUUAGAUAUGAUUUAAAUAAGGCAAAAAAUCAAGUUAGCUGCGUCUUGAAUUGUACCGCUCGAUUUUGUAAGACAAUUUUAGAUUUCUUAUUGUAUUUCCACCAUUGUAAUCAUGUCACAUCGUUCCAAAUAAAAAUAAAAAGUCACGAAAAAUA